ACAGAAGUAGUGUACAAAAAAUUGAACUUUGAUUCUUUCUUACACUCUCUUUGUUCAUGAAAAUGAUGACGUGCCACAGUUUCAUUUCCCCCAAUCAUAAUUAUUAUUAUCAUCAUCAGAAUUUCUACUUUGUGGCAUUGGGAAGAGGAACUUCAAUGGCUGCUGCAAGUGCUUCACCCACCCCUGUUCUCAGAUCCGAGCUUAAAUCCGUGGAACCCGUGGAACAAGAUCUUCAAACUGCUCUUAAUUUUGUAUCCUCUCCUCGCCACAGGGACCUUGUUUUCGUUGUCAAUCCUCAAGGUGCUAAUGGUCGCACUGGUAAAGAUUGGAAGAAGUUGCUUCCAUUUCUAAGGUCUCGCCUUGGUAAUGAUUACAAUAUUUGUGAGUCAUUUACUACGGGUCCUCGUCAUGCCAUUGACAUAACAAGAGAGGCUAUAAGGGAAGGAGCAGAAGCAGUCAUUGCUGUUGGAGGUGAUGGAACUAUUUAUGAGGUUGUUAAUGGUUUCUUUUGCGAUGGAAAACCUGUUGCUAGUAACAAUAAAGAGAACUUAAAGGCAACUGCUCUUGGGGUGAUACCCUUGGGAACUGGUUCUGAUUUUGCAAGAACAUUUGGAUGGAGCAAUGAUCCUUAUGCUGCUGUUGAACGUGUUGCUAAAGGGAUGAGAUCAAGGGUAGAUGUUGGUGUUAUCACUGGACCCACCGGCGAUCAGAAUUACUUCAUAAACGUUGCUGACAUUCAUUUGAGUGCAAAGGCAGGAUUUUACGCUUCUAAGUACAAGAAAUUCGGCAACUUGUGUUAUGUCAUUGGUGCAUUGCAAGCCUUCAUGAGUCAUUAUAAUCAGGAUUUCAGGAUCAAGGUCAAUGAAGGUGAGUGGGAGUUUUGUCCCCAAGUGACGGCCCUUUGUGUUGGAAAUGCAAAAUUCUUUGGUGGCGGUAUGAAAAUUACUCCCAAUGCUGAUCCUCGCAGUGGAAAUUUAUCGGUUGUGAUUCUUCAGCACUUCAAGUGGUACGAUUUUAUCCUAAACUUACAUAAGAUUUACAGUGGGACACACCUGAAGGUGAAGAAUGUUUCUUCAAGAAGUGUAAAUUCUAUUGAGGUGGAGGACAUUUCAGGCAGAGGUGGAGUAUAUAUUCAAUCUGACGGCGAGCAUUUAGGGUUCCUUCCAAAGAAGAUUUGUGUUCUUCCGUCCGCGAUUGAGAUGAUAUGCUGAUUCAGCUCAAUAAUAACAUAACAGGUUCAAUGACAAUACUUAAAAGCAGCAGAAUAUUAGUUUAUCAUAAGUUUUCCUUUUAGUUUGACUUGAUUGCUGGCUUCAGCACCGGCGAAUUGCACAGCUUUUGCAGCUCAGAGGCAUCAUUUUUUUCUGUGUAAUUUUUGAGAAGGGAAAGAUAUAUUAGUUUGGAACUUGAAAGUAUCUUCAUGGAUUGGUGAAAGCAAUGUUGUGUUGUUUCCUUUGUAAUUUUAGUUGGUUCUAAUUUCUAAUAGAGAAAAAAAAGGAGAGAGAGGGUGCUGGAGAGUGGUGUCUUAUUUGGGGUUGCAAAAGCAUAGCCUGGGACACAGUUGUUAUUUUUUGAGUCAGCAAUGUGUUGACAGUAUAGUUUAUCUAUAUUUACUGUAAAAUGUUUCAAAGUUCAAUGCAUAAUUUAUGAAAUGGCAUAACAGAUUACAAGUUCAAUACUUUUG